AGUGAAGCGCACUUGUCUCGCUCAUUUGGCUCAUAGAAUGAUGUAGUAAGAAGUUUCCAGUCCUGUUCCACCAACAUUUGCCAUCGUUUUCCUUGAAAGCUCGAACUUGUACUGUACUAUAGCUGGCUUUUAAUUUUCAUCCUGAAAUUAUUGGUUGUUUUUGUCGUUCGUCAUUUGUCUUAACGGCGACAAGGUUUGGCUAUUAACAGCAGACAUUCCUUGACCAAGCAUUUGAGCAUUACUACAGUUAGUUGAAAGUAAUGCAAGGCAAGAAGCCAGUUCUUACGAAUAAAAUGGCUUCCUCGGCGGUGGAAUCUCCGGACACGAUUAAGGAUUUGAUGGCAUUUGUGCGCUUUGGUCCGCAAAAUUUCGUAAUUAGCCUCAACCCGUACGAUGGCUGGGAACAAUGGCAAAGAGUGUUAUCCGGAUUAGCGCCCGUUCCUGUGGAAAUCGUUUUACUGCCUCCAAAAGCUGCCUGUGCCCAUGACAAGGGUAUUUCUAUUGUGGACCGACGCAGUUAUAUGGAGGCCAUGAAGGUUGUCGAAACAGUUCGCAAGAGCAAGGAAGUUCUUCGAUUUGUCUUGCAUGCCGUCAAAGAUGACAGAAAUCUGGAGUUGAAGAAACUGGUCUCGACCUUGUCGAUGGGCGCGAAACAUGAAAUCAACAAGGCUGUAAUGGAUCCCGCGUCAUCCUCGACAAGUGCGAGUACCAACGCAAGUGUUGCAGGCAGUGGAACCGAAUGUCCUCCAUGGGCACUGGAGAUGAAAAAAGAACUGAUGGAUUCUCUAGACCAACGUUUCCAUGAAAUGCUGACUAGUGUAGAUUCAAAAUUGUCUUUAUUUGGCUCCCAGAUGACUGAAAGUCUGAUUUCAAUCGCCAGCACGUCGCCGCCGCAAGCUGCCAGCCAGAAAUCAGGAUCAUUCGAUAGCGGUUCUAUCGUGGCAUUAAAUGGUCCCGAUAAUUCUCCUAAUGAUUCCAAGGAGGCAAUCCCACGUAUGGUUUGUGGAGCCGACGUCCCAAAGUGGAUCAGCGGACUUAAUAAUGCACUGUCCACCCCGGCAAAUUCGGAAUGCGGAAGUGUUGUGGUUGUGACUCCUCCGGAGUCGUUUGAUCUUCUGGGAUUUGAUGCUAACCCAGUCAAUCAGGAGAAGGUCAAUGCUGAAAAACAACAGUGCGAAUUCGAAAUCAUGAAGACUGAAGAUGUGGAGGUGAACAGUGAGACCGGCUCCGUGGUGUACGUGGAAACUGACGGAGAAGAGGAGGAUGACUAUGCUAAUCUGCGUUCUUGGGCUGGUGAAGGAAUAAUUACUCCAAAGGCGUUUCAGGAACAAGAUCAACAACAGGAGAACAAUAGUGCAUCUAUGGAACAGUCUUUCCAUUCUGUUGCCGCGGAACCGAUUCCGCUUAAUGAUGUCCAGGAGACCAUUGUAUAUAAACCCAUGUACGUCGCUGAACCGGAAGAGACGAAUCGUAUUCAAGGAGAAAGUGAUGUUGGAGAUGUCCCUGUAACCGUGGAAGGCGUGCAGCAGGCGGUUCCUAGCCAGGACGCUCUACCGGAAAAUUUGAACGCUAUGCAACCACUGGACGAACAAAAUCUGUUCAGCCCGAAUUCUGAUCUUGGAACCAUGUUAUUAAGCGCGGCUUCGUCCAUUGCGACUGGGUUUAUGCAGUCGAUGGAGACACUGUCCCGUACUAUCCGCGACUAUGAACAGCGCCGUGCUCAGUCGGAGGGACAAGCUCUCCUUCAGGAGCCAGUACAACAGCAACAGAACUUGGUCGCCUCUGAUAAUGAAGUAAUUCCGGAAAGUGUUUCAGAGCAGGCGGUGAUUACUCCAACGGCCCCACCGCCAGUGCCUCCUCGUGUCCAUCGUGGCCCACCACCGAGCAUAGGAGUGAACGUGACACCGGAAGAAAUCAUGUGGUACCUACAGGAAUACGGUAUUCCGGAUCAGAUUGGCGCAGAAUGGACACGUGAACAGAUGACCCACGACACAUUUAGCCUGCGCAUCAGCGAAUAUUUCGAUCGGUGUGGCUGAGAAUUACAUGGCACUGUUUCAUGGGGCAGCCUAUAAUACGUAAUCUUGUUAUUAUCAUGACGCUAUACAGGCUGGCUUUGCUUUAAGAUUUUCGUGUGUACAGCAUAACUGUUUGGUAUAAUGCCGUAAUUUUAUUUAGCGAUGGGUUGUUCUUCUAUAUUGUAAGCAUAUUGGAAAAUCGAAAUGAUGACCUUCUA